GCAGCACUUUCAAUUUACAAGAUGGCCGACAGAAGUAUGUAGAAUACGGUUUGUCGUGAGUUCGUUUAGUGAAAAGUAUUCAAUAAUUACGUUUUAAAAGUAGUACUUUUGAAAAUCAUAUCGAGCACGCGUUGCAGUUCCGUUUUGCAAAGUUAUCAACACAAGAAAUUGAGGACAUUUCUCUGAAACUAGAUUCAAAGACACAUUCGAUUGCAUAAAGGGAAGUCAAACGAAAAUUUUGAGUGAUGCGUCGCAAAAGCGAACGGACGAAAUCGACAAGUUCGCCGGUGAGAAGCGUUGAACGGUCGAGCAGGCGUUCUAGCCGCCGCGGGAAGGGCUCGCCGACGAAAAGUCCGGAGCCGGAUGCAUCUCAGGCGGAUCAACACAAUGAGGAUAAGGUAAGCGAAACAGAAGUUGACGGCGAUAACGAAAAAACGCGCGAUUCCAGCACAGACCGCGACAGUGAAGACCCGCAGUCGAGAGGUCGCCGCCAGACAAGAAGAGCAUCGAGGUCCGAUGACCGAGCGACCCGGGCGUCUCGUCGCAAAAUUGAAACAAUUGAAGAGGAAACCGGAACUGCCCACGAGAAUGGAGAGUCGUCCCUCACCAAAGGCGAUAGCGAAUCUGGUCAGAAGUCAUCAGACAGAGAAGUCCACAACGAGGCGGAGGAUGCCAAGUGCAAUGAAAAGUCUGCAAACUCGGAGGAGGUGAAAGAACAAAGACGCUCCUCGAAGUCAGAGGAUAACCGCAAGGAUGAUAGCAAGAACGAGAAAGGCGAGGAUGAAAAUUCCAGUCCAAAGAAGGAGUCCCUUUCCCAAUCGAGCAAGGAUACUGAACCACAGCCGGAGGGUGGGAACAAUGAAUCCAAAGUAGUAGAAAAGGAGCCGGACAAAGUAAACGAAUCCAAUAAAGACAAAUCUCCCGCUCGUGAUUCUGACGCUGAAGAGCCAAGCCGUGGUGCGCGCAACGAUAAAUCCAGUGGUGAUGCUGACAAGGGCUCAGGUGAUCACAGGCAUCGGUCUCAUAACUCAUCGUCAUCUUCAGAUCGACGACCAUCAGAUGGUUAUGAUCGUAGAUCUCGCGAGCAACGAGAAAACCGGAAAAGCAAGUCGGACGAGAGCACCCGAUCGUCGGACAGGGAACAUCGCCACAGUCGCUCAUCAUCGGGCAAAGACCGCUCUGUUGAAAAGGAUUACCGGAAACGCAGUGGAUCCUGCGAAAAAGAGCGGCCUAAGGAGAAUGACCACACUAUUCGUCGUACAGUGGAGAAAUCUACCGAGGACAGAAAUGAAGAAAAGGAAAAUAAAAAGGCUUCGGACGAAACGGAUAAAGCGAACAAGGAUUCAGAGAGCAAGUCCGAAAGGCAACCACCCGUUCGGAAACGCCGUUGGCUAUCUCGGAAGGCGUCCGAUUCGAAACCUCAGGUCCUAGCCAUAUCGACAGACUCUCUGAAGAAUUUGAUAUCCGACGUGGAACCAGUUCCGCUAAGCGACAUCAAGUUGGAAUCGUCACCAGAACCCGAGGAAAGGAGAUCAAAAUCGCCUUCAGAGGAACCUGACCGCAGGGAGAAGGAAAAAAGUCGCUCGCAUCGUGAUCGACGAUCUCGCGAACGGGAUGGUUCAAAGAAGCGCGAAGAAAAGAGCCUGCAAAAUUCAAAUAGAAAAAUAUCGAUUAUCCCGGACGAUGGCAAACUACAGCGGCCACCAAGCCCGCCUCGGAACGUGUCCAGUUGCAUUCUGUACAUAACGAAUCUGGUCAGACCCUUCACAUUGCUGCAGCUCAAAGGGCUGCUGGCGCGGACUGGGAAAAUUGUGGAGAAUGGGUUCUGGAUGGAUCGGAUAAAAUCUCAAUGCUACGUGAAAUACGAAACGGAAGAUCAAGCCAUUGAAACACGACAUGCUCUGCAUGGUGUUCGCUGGCCCACAUCCAAUCCAAAAUGUCUAAAUGUGGACUUCGACACGGAAGAGGCUAUGGAGAAGGCGAUUGCGUCGACGCUGGAGGAGACCCCGAGGUUCGGAGCGGAGAAUCCACGGGAGAACAGGGGGGCCGGGGCUGGUUGGGAUGCACGGGAAAGGUUUGAUUACGACGAGAAAAAGGAUAUUCAGGUGAGUAGGCCCGUUCGAGAGUGGGACGUUGGAAAGAAGGAAGAACUCGAACGUGAAAUGGAGCGCAAUCGUGAACGAGAACGGGAACAUCGGGAGCGACGUGACGGACGCGGAGGAAGGCGACAUUCGAAUGAGCGAGAUCGGGACAAUGUCCGCGAUCGGCAAAACCGAAGUAAUUCAGCAUCGCCAGCGAGAAAGUUCAGGAAAAAGGAAAAUGAUCCUCCACUUCGCCUUCUUGAUGAUCUGUUUAGGAAAACGAAAAUCACACCGUGUAUAUAUUGGUUGCCAUUGACACCUGAACAGAUCGCUGAGAAGGAGGAAGCUCGUCGAAAACAUAUGGAGGAUCUUGAAAAACGUACAGAAGAAAUUCGCAAGGAACGCGAAAGAGAACGUGAACGAGAGCGUGAACGUGAGAAAGAACGUGAACGUGAAAGGGAACAGCGGGAACGCGAAAGAGAACGUGAACGUGAAAAAGAUCGUGAAAGAGAACGCGAUCGGACUCGUGAUCGAGAGAACAGACGAGAACGCUCGAACGAACGUUCAGGCGAUCGCCGACGAUCACGCAGUAGAGAUAGACGGCGAUACUAAUUGAAUAACAGAGAGAAAACGCUAUUGCAAACAAACAUUGAAACCUACUGCUCUAAGAUAGAAUAUUCAAAUCACCGAACGAGAAGACAUGAAGAGAACCGCAGACGAAUAUAAUCAUGAAAGCAUGCUUGCAUAACGACAAAGCAGAACAAAACGGGAAUGAUUAUACAGUUAGGAAAAACCCUUUGCUUUAGGAUGUUUGGAUAACAGCGGCGGAUGCAGUGUCUACCACGAAUAUAGAAGAGGGUCUGUGGAUAUUAUUAUCAACUACAUUUUUUGGUUUUAAAAUAUUUCUCACAAGUAUAUGAUAAGAAUUUUUAACAUAAUAUUCCUCUAAAAUAGCAAACGCAACGUCGGAAAAUAGUCGAGAUAAAGGAGAAGUUAUUUGAGCGCGAGACGCGUUUCGAACAUUUCUUAGCCAAACUUCUCUUUUUUAGUAGAGAAUAAACAGCUUUGAACUAAUGAAUUAGACAGGCUUGCGAUAGGUCCCAAAUGAAAGUGAUUUUAUUUCCUACGUUUCUCAACAAUUCAUCCUUGGCAGUUAGUACAUCCCUUUUGGUUUUUUAUUUAAAUAUUGCAUUAGUGUAGGUAGGUAUUUUCCAAGAAAAUGAAGUUCGGAUUAAGACAAGCAAUAAAUUAGGGGCUAGUAAAUAUUUGCAGUUGCUUGAAGGGCUGUACGUCGGAUAACAUUUUCUUUUCCAAUGCAGAAUUCCCCUCCCCUCAUAUUAGCUAUUCUUUUCCAUUCAACUGCCAGAGUUGACCAUGGUAUUGUCCGAGAACCUCUGAUUCAUUAGUUCAAAAUUUGUUCAAACUUAUUUCCGUGAAUCGUCUUUCAUACAUACAUUAAACAUAAUCUAAAAUCGAUCAACAUCAAGCUUGAGAUUUUUUUUAUCCAAACAAUUCACUACGUGAAAAACAAACAAAAAAUAGAAAUAUGAAGUAAAUAUUGUUAAUAAGGUUUGAAUUAAUCGUGAGUUAAUAGCACUUAACUAUAUAUUAUUCCAUCAGAAGCUGAAAAAGUCUCUUCUACCUGUCUCUAAGAGUGUGUAACAGUAUUUGAGCGUGUAUCCUCUACCAAUUUUGGUCGGCAGCCGUCACCCUCAGUCUCCUGCUUGUGAAUUUUCUGAGUAAAUCAACUUGGCCAGCGAAUAUUUUUCGAGAUAAAUCGAUGUUGAGUGUAAAAUGAAAGGAGAUCAAUUAUGAUAUCAAUUGAGCUAAUUGCUGUAUGCGAUUUGUUACGAAAAUUCGUUACACCCAAACAUGUCGCCUAUCAGUAAAGUUGCAGAUCUCCACUGAACAGACCUCCAUAUUACAAAACGGAUUUAAAGAGAAAGGAUGGACAUAAUUAUCUGGAGUUAGAUGACACGUAAAUUGUUUCGUAAAUUUAAUGGAACACAACAAGUACUUGUGUGUCUGAAGUGACAGUCAUCGAAAAAAUAUUUAGCCAGCACGACAAAGCAAUCCAAUUGAAAUUGGAAGGAUGAUUGCUCAACGAUGGACAAGGAGAACUCUAGGCUUCUCACCAUAUAUGAAAUGCAGAUUUGGUACAAUCGAGCGAACCAUCAUCAUGAUACAAUACAAUACAGUAGAUUUCAAAAUCAAUCAUUCACAUAUGUAAUUACUAAUGGUAAUAUUAAAAGUUUUCUUUUUUAAA